AAAUAAUUACAUUCAGUUCUGUUUUGUUUCAAACAGACUGAAUCGUCCUUUCACGAUGACUUAAAGACCGAGAAGAAAAUGGCACCUACCAAAUAUUUCACCUUUUGCGGUUUGCGCUCUGUCUGACAGUCUCUCCCUCUCUCCUUCCCUCUCUCCUUCCGUCUCCCUCCCUCUCUCUCUCUCUCUCUUUUGCAGAUAUUGAGUGCGCAUCUCUUUUUCCUCUCUGGAACCUGUUUUUGGACCCCUCAUCAGCUCCAUAGUGGAUCAGAGGACCGUGAGAAUUUUCUGAAACUUGUUUGCAGCUGUUGGAGCUCAUCAGGCGUGAAGAAUCUUCAGACCAGUUUCACUCAGAUUUUGUGCCUGAGUCUCAGAACAUGACCAGUUCAUUGGAGAGGGUUGUAGCCCAGAAGAAGGAGGCCAUCGAGGCAGUGAUGGAUAUGUUUGAGAGAGGGGCCGAGGUGCUGGCCAGUGCUGUGGGUGAGCUUUUCCCCCUCUGUGAGGCUGCCGCUCCGGUUCUCCGUCUGGCCUUAGACAAUGUCCAGAGCAAAGAGGUCUUUUAUGUCAAAGAGCAAUUCCUGACGGUGAGGAACAAGCUUGAUGUGCUCUCCAGCCAACUAGAAGACAUCGACUGCGAGAUCAAGAAGGGGAGACUGGAUUCCCAGUACUUCUCAGUGGAGGAGAACAUUCGGAACCAGUUUCGGAAAUAUAUGGACAUCUUAGAUGCAAAACAGCAGUUCAGGGAUGUGAAGACCAGACUUUUCCUGGAGCACUUUGCUAAAACUGGAGGAGAGAAGAACCUUUUUGUGCUGUAUGAUGCUCUGAUGGGGACAAACAGCUUUGGAGAGUCGGUUUUAGAGUUGGUCGAAAGGUAUGUAGCAAGGAACCGCCGUCUCCUGGAAGAUUUCUGUGUCCGGAUGAAAGAGCUCUUCUGUUUGGGCCUGAUUUCUCUGCUGGGUCAUUGUGCCUUGACCCAGGGCCAAGAGGAAGAAGACGUCAAAAUCCAAGAGUGGAACAGCAAAAUUGAAGAAGUAGAGUCCAGGAUGAAGACAACCAUUGAGUCCUGUAUCGCUGCCUUCCCAGAGCAAGCAAAAUUAGACGCCCAGCGCCUCCUGCAAGAAAAGGAAGAAGAGAACCUGCAAGAUACAACUCAGCAGCUUCUUGAGUUCUUGGUGAAAAAGUAUGACUGGGUCAGCUGGUCAGUGCGGCUAAUCAACCAUUCAGGGAGCACCUACCGGAACUGGAGAGCAGGGGAGCACUUUCAUCACGUGGCGGGACAGAACUGGUUCGAGGUGCUCCAGGUAAACAACAUCAACCUGGUGGUGUCGUACAGCACCAAACCCCAGCCGGUGCCCCGUGACUGCAUCCGGCAGGUGAUGGAGGGCCAGGGGAAGAAGGGAAACGCCCCGGCAGUGGUGGAGGUGUUGGAGAAGCAGCUGUGCGGGUUUGUUGUGCACGCCGUCAGUCGCCACAAGGAGUCUGCAGCUGCGUGGAACUUUCCAGAAGAGUGUCACUACUGGGAGAGACACAAGAACGUUGCAGUAUGUGUGCACUCUGAGUAAAGCUGACACAAGUUUAGGAUUUUAGGAUUUAAAAGCAGAGAUGUGUAUUUAAAUUGAGUGUGUCGAUACUGAUGUUAUUAAGUGAAUCGUGUACUUAAUUGCUGUCCACCACUGUGUAUAGUUAUAUCCUCAUGUUACUUUACACAUCAGGUCCAUAUAGUAUAGUAUAACGAUUUUAAAUUGGGUAGAAAAGCAGCACUUACUGGAUUGGUACUCAGGGAAGUUGUAAUCAGUAUUGGAGAGAUAGAAAAAGUCAUAUGGGUACAUCCCUAUUAGAAACAUUGGAUUUCAUUUUUGAGGAAUUUAAUCACAAAUGCACUUUUAUUAGCUUUCUGGGUUGUGUCAAUUCUUUAUACAGUCGAUAGUUAAUAUAAUUAUAAACAUUUCAUGUACAUGUAUUUCAUGUUGCAGCUGCUUGCAUAUUAUGAAUUGUGUCACUAUAUGUAUUGAUUUGUAUUUUUUAAAUUAUUAACCAAUUUGUUUAUAACUGUAAGGAAUGUUACACUAACACUACUGUAUAUAAAAGGAAGUGUCUACGCUUUUACCUCAGCUGCAUACAGUAAUAAUCUAGUCUCCCAUGGGAAAUGGCUUCUGCACCUACAGCUCUAAAGAGAUGGUUUUGCUGAGGUGGCAUCUACUGAGCUGUGCUCCCAUUUUGUCUCUGCUCAGCAGGCUGGCCUACAUAACUGGGACGGGGGUUGGGAGGGGGGCAGAGGUUACUUUUUCAGCCGUGAAAAACAAGAGGCUUGGAGUUUGGCACUGGAGAUGCGACAAUGUGCCUUGUGUUCUAAACACAUUCAAACCCCUCGAACCAAAACAACCGAACCCCACUGCUUACCAGUGUUGUGCCUAAAAUUAUAUUAUGGUUCGUGUCAGUUGAUUCAGCCUGCAUGAGAAGUGAUUUUGUCUGCAAGAUUUUGUAUUUUCUGUAACAUGUGGUGAUAAAUGAUAAGUGCUUUGUUUUGCACUUGCCAGCCAAAUGUUUUGGUUUAUGUAUGAUUUUCUGUUGAUGUGGGUGGCAUUUUUCUUUGUUAUAUCCCAGCUCAUUCUAAGCACUCAAACUUAUUUUGUGCUUAUUUCAAACACACCACUGUGAAAUUUUAAAUCAUUUCACUAACUGGGCAUCACAAAAUCUUCCCAAGGAAAGAACUAUCUAUGACAACAAAUGAACCACUAUGUACCGGGUAGGUUUAAAUCCAUUGUGUUAUACCGAUCAAUGAUGUAACUGGGCAUUUAUUUAUAUCAAAAUGUUUUGUAUUAUAACUUGCACCACAGCCGCAUCUAUAUUCAAACCAAAUAAUCUUAAUGAAAUCAGUGCAUGACUAAUGGCCAGCGUAAUCUUUAUGCUUUAUGACAGAACACAAAUAGUUAAUGGAUGUAUAAACAAGUAUAAUCUAAUAUCUGCCUCUCUUUUCUUGUA